AGAGAGGACGUGUGCGACUUUGUUCCUGUUUUGUGAAGAGUUUUUUCCUGGAUCCCACAAGAAGUAAGAACUAGAAUGGCUGUGGACGAUUGCAAGGUGUGUUUGGAGAGUGUUUCUGCUACGUGCAGUGGUGUGGUGUGCGAGGUGUGUGACCGGUGGCUUCACACAGCCUGUGUGGGGCUGCUGAAGGCGUCCUCCAAGAUGCUCAAUCACAAGAACAUCGUGUUUUUGUGCGAUGAGUGUCUAGAGGACGCCAAGGAGAGGAUGAAGGACAGGAAGGACAAGACUGAUAAGGCGUCACAAACCGAGACAAGUGAGACCAGCAGCAAAGACACUCAGACUGUGCACGCCCCGAAACCCCAACAGGACAAGGCCAUGCAGACGGAGAGAGUGAGUGAGCAGCAGCAGCAAAGAAGAGGACCGACCAAGAAGAAGAUGCUAGUGAAAAAGUCCCCAAUCUGCAUCGUUGGGGACAGUAUGAUAAAAAAUACUGAUGCCCUCCUCAGGAGCAAGGUGAGUGGAACCUCACAGGAGUGCCUGAGGGGAGCCAAGAUCCAGGAGAUCAAGAAAAAGGUAAUUGAGAAGACUCAGACAGAAGAAAACGGCCUGCUGGUGAUCCAGGGCAGCGGCAACGACCUGGAGAGGGUCGGCGAAGAAGAGACAGUGAAGGAGGUGGUGGAGGCAGUGAAGGCUGCUGAAGCCAAGAAGAUGUGUGUGGCAGUGGUGGGUGUGAUACGUCGGCCAAGAGAGGGAGAGAGGUAUGAGCGGCUGAGGAGGAGGACAAAUGCCAAGAUCCAGGAAGAAGUGCUGAAGCUGAAGCUGGACUGGUUGAGGAAGAAGAUGGGCAACGUCAGCUUCAUCGACCUGGACCCCGUCUUGAGGGAAGGCAUGGACUUCUUGCCGGAUGGGGUGCACCUCAAUGAGACCUGCAACAAGAGGAUGUGUGGAUGGCUGCGUGAGUGGGUGCGCGCAAGGUCUACGGUGUGUGUAGAUGUGGCCUGAAUGAGGAAUGG